CUAUGCUAGAGGAAAAUUGUUGUUUAAUUGUUGUGAUUGAUAUAAUGGAUGAUAUUUGUGAUGAUAGCUUACCACAGCUUCUUGCAAGGGAUCCGUUAGAGGAAAAUCUUUGUGGAGAUUUAUCUGCAUAUAAUGCAAGUGUAUGGGGUAAUAAAGUAAAUGCCAUUGAAAAAGCUCUUUCCCUAGAAGAGUUAAACCCUAAAAAGACCAUGAAGGAACUAUACCCCGUGAUCAUCAGUACUGCUCUUGAUGAUCUACAAACUUUCCAACUUCUAGAGGUUCUUCAAACCCAUAAAAGAGCAAUUGGGUACAAUAUUGAUGAUCUUAAGGGUAUUAGCCCUGAUUUUUGUAUGCACAGGAUACAUUUAGAGGAUAACUAUAAGCCCUGCAUUCAACCCCAAAGAAGGUUGAAUCCGAAUAUGCAAGAAGUAGUCAAGAAAAAGGUUAUGAAAUUACUUGAUGUAUGUAUUAUCUAUCGUAUUUCUGACUCUAAAUGGGUAAGUCCUGUACAGGUAGUUCCUAAAAAGGGUGGGAUGCCUGUGAUUAAAAACGAGAAAAAUGAGUUGAUUCCCACUAGAACUGUUACAGGGUGGCGUAUGUGCAUUGAUUAUCGUAGAUUAAAUAUCGCCACUAAAAAGGAUCACUUCCCCCUUCCCUUUAUAGAUCAAAUGCUUGAAAGGUUAGCUAAUCAUAAGUUCUUUUGUUAUUUGGAUGAGUAUUCAAAAUUUUUCCAAAUUCCAAUUCACCCUGCAGAUCAGGAAAAGACUACAUUUACAUGUCCUUAUGGUACUUUUGCAUAUCGUAGGAUGCCCUUUGGUUUAUGUAAUGCCCCAUCUACCUUUCAAUGUUGCAUGAUGACCAUUUUUUUCUGAUUUCAUAGAGUAUAUUAUGGAAGUCUU